GUCAAAUACAGAAUGUGAUGUUCCAUUCCAGCCAAUGGAAACUGGACGCUGCAGUAGGGUGGACACGUCAGGUUAUAAAUGACCCUGUUUCCUUUGUUUAGUGUACUCUAGUGGCAAAACUGCUGGCUAGUGUACCUGUUCUGCCAAAAGUAAAAUGGGCUUACUGAGGAAAUUAAAUUUAUGUUAAAGUGCUAUUUCUUUAUGCAUCGGGGAACAAGCAUUUCUAACAACCUGGUCCUACGUGGCUGAAACUGGAUCCCAGAAGCCCCGUCCUUCCUGAGGCUCGUAGCGGAAGUGACGUCAGCCCGCCGCCACUAUCUUUUCCCGCGCUGGCUGCCCACGGUCAGUGCUGUUUCACCUUUAUCUUGGUGGAGUCGACCCCGGCUGUGGACUUCAAAUAACCCUGUACAAAGAGGAAUGGAGAUUGCCUCUAUUCACCUAGAUUCAUAAGUUGCCCUGAGGCAAUCUUGGCAUCAAGGAAGAGAGCGUUGAGGCACAACUGACCAUCAGCUUCAGAGCAUGGCAGUCAUUGAUUUGUCCCAUGGGUUUUUUCCCAGGGAACCAAUCUGCCCUUUUGAAGAAAAGACAAAGAUAGGAACGAUGGUGGAGGACUACCUGGCAAAUUCUUAUCAGCAGACAAGAAGCUACAGUGGAUGGAAACUCUGUGAGAAUUGUGGAGAGGUCUUCAGUGAAUGGUUUUGCCUUAAAACACACAUGAGAGCUCAGAAUGGAGGGAACAUCUUUGAAGGUAAUUGUUAUGGAAAAGACAUCCUCAGUGUGCACAAGGAAGCCUCUAUUGGACAGGAACUUUCCAAAUUUAAUCCAUGUGGAAAAGUCUUCACCUUAACUCCAGAUCUUGCUGCACAUCUUGGAAUUCUCAAUGCAAGACAACCAUACAAAUGUAAGGAAUGUAAAAAAGGCUUUAAGUAUUUUGCAAGCCUUGAUAAUCACAUGGGAAUCCACAUUGGAGAGAAACUCUGUGAAUUUCAGGAAUGUAGGAGAGCCAUCACUCAUUCCUCACACCUAAAGCAGUGUGUAACAGUUCAUACUGGAAAGAAAUCUAAAAAGACUAAGAAACAUGGGAAAUCCUUCACUAAUUUUUCUCAACUUUCUGCACAUGUGAAAAUUCAUAAAGGAGAGAAGUCCUUUGAAUGUAAAGAAUGUGGAAGAUCCUUUAGAAAUUUCUCAUCCUUUAAUGUUCACAUUCAAAUUCACACUGGAAUAAAACCACACAAAUAUACGGAAUGUGGGAAAGCCUUCACUAGGUCAACUCACCUUACUCAACAUGUAAGAACUCACACUGGAAUAAAACCCUAUGAAUGCAAGGAAUGUGGCCAAGCCUGCACUCAGUACACGGGCCUUGCUAUACACAUACGAAAUCACACUGGAGAGAAACCCUAUCAGUGUAAGGAAUGUGGGAAAGCCUUCAAUGGAUCCUCAACCCUUACUCAACAUAAAAGAAUUCACACAGGAGAGAAGCCUUAUGAAUGUGUUGAAUGUGGGAAGACCUUCAUUACUUCUGAUCAUAGUAAACAUUUGAAAACUCACCAUGAAGAAAGGCCCUUUGUAUGCAAGAUAUGUGGGAAAGCAUUUCUAUAUUCCUCACCCCUUAAUGUUCACCUGCGAACUCAUACCAGAGAGAAAGCCUUCAUAUGUAAAGAAUGUGGGAAAGCUUUUGCUGUUUCCUCACACCUAAGUAGACAUGAAAGAAUUCACACUGGGGAGGAACCCUAUGAAUAUAAGGGUAUGAAUGUUACCAUUUAGCUCAUUGGUUGCCAUCUUUAAUUAGUGGCAGUGACACUAAAGAUAUUCAGAUUUGUCCUAAAUGCCUUUUGGAGGUUGUAAUGGCUCAUGAAUUGGCCUUGGGUGCCAUCCCAAGGGUCUGAAAUUAAACCUACAGGUUCUGAAUACAACUUCAUGGUUGCCUGAGUCUGGGCAUCUGUGAAGAAGGGUAAUGGAUGGUGAGGUCAGUACUGCAGGCUACCUUACCUUGGUGAUUAGAUUUCUAAGAUCAUAGCAUUAAGAAUUUCUGUAUGAGAUAAGUCAUCUAGAUAGGUCCCAGCCCCUGUUAGUAGCUGCCAGUGUGGCACAUUCAUGUCAAAAUUUCCCAGAAGCCAAGAUGAUAUAGGCCCCAGAGGUGGGUUGUUAAAAGAUGCUCCUCUAAGGGUCUCUUCUGUUCCCACGGAUCCUGCAGAGCAUGGCAGGUAUGAAACCAUCCUUAACUGCCUGUGCACUUUCACAGCUGAUUAUUUCUGUGUCCCCUUCUUGUAAAAUCUAUGAUAUGUGACAACCUUACCUGUUCUGUCUUCUCUGUCCAUUUUAGGUGGCACAACCUAAGUGGAAGUGUCUCUUCUGGUAUAAUCCAGUCUUCGUGCUCACUUCUGUUAAGAUGGCUGAUAUAGUCCAUGAAUCCCACUCAUGAUCUCUUUGUCAAAUGAUUGUUCAGCCACACUUUCAGGAUUCUCUUCAGUACACGUUUUCUAAUUUUUGCAUUAUGGAUAGGCUGAGAAUUUUCCAAAUCUCCAGGUUCUGGUUCCUUUUUCUUUAACAAUUUCUUCUGCAAUUCAGGUCUCCUCUUUUGCAUUUUACUAUAAGCAGUCAGGAAGAAUGAAGCUUCCUGUGUCCUUUAACACUUUAAUUACAGAUCUUAGUGAUACAUACCCAGUUUUAUCUCUCUCAAGCUCUACCUUCCACAAAAUGCUAGAAUACAGUUUUGCUAAGUUCUUCACCACUUCAUAUAAAGGGUUGUCUUUUCUUCAUUUCCCAAUAGCAUGUUCCUCAUUCCCCAAUGACACCUCACCAGAAUCACCCUUACUAUUAUUUCCAGCUUGCACAUCAGAAUUUUUCCAGCCUCUACUCAUUUGUCAGUUUCAAAGCUGCUUCACAUUUUUAGUUUUUUUAUUUGUUUGUUUGUUUUUAAUUGCAGUGCCUCACUUCUCAGUGCCAAAAUCUGCCUUAAUCAGCUCAGGCAACCAUAACAGAAUACCACAGACCAAAUGGCUUACAAAUUCAUUUAAUUUUAAAUAAAUGAGGUUAAAAACACAAAA